AUGCAACAUGGAAAGGUUAUUGCUUAUGCUUCUAGGCAGCUGAAGAAGCAUGAGCAGAAUUACCCAACUCACGAUCUUGAGUUAGCUGUGGUCAACAUAGUUGCAGAUGCUCUCAGUCAUAAAUCCAUGGGUAGUUUGUCAUAUGUGCGGCCAGAGAAAAGUGAGAAAGCCUGUGAUGUUAGUCAGCUAGCCAGCUUGGGAGUUCGGUUGGUAGACACAGGUGAUGGAGGAGUUACAGUUCAAGAUACGGCAAUGUCAUCUUUGGUAACUGAGAUAAAGGAACGCCAGUACGAAGAUCCUAUUUUAGUUUAUUAUCGGGAUACAGUUCCUCAGAAAGAAAAGACACCUUUCGUGAUCACAGAAGAUGGAGUACUCAUGUAUCGAGGCAGAUUGUGCGUUCCCAAGGUUGCAGGCCUCCGUUAG